AUGUUUGCCUGUCAAUUCACGGAUACGAUAGCAACCAUUUGCAAGGUGGUAAUCCUGGCGCCGAAACUAGCUCUCCGCCUCCUGCAAAUCAAUGUUACCACAUUCCAGUGCUGCACUAUUGCCCAAACAUAUACCAUUGGCAUCCUUUACGUUUUCUUCUCAUUUCUAUACGCUGGCUUUGCGAAAGUGCGACUUACCCAACGGCAUAAUCACGAGAUGCGGAAUCGAAUGGCAGUCAACCUGCUUCCAUUUGGCGUUCUGCUGAUUUUAAUUUAUCUCAGCGCGUGCAUCUGGCACUUAUAUUUGGCUGGUUAUGUACUCGCCGAUGCUAGCAAGAUCUGCGAAGCCGAUCCGAUGCUAUGCAAUCAACCACCGACAUUUCUCAUUAUAAUACCGGGGUAUAUGUACGCACUCAUAUGCGGCUUGGCCUUCUGCAUCAUUUCCAUAUUCUUCGGAUAUCUAUGGGUUCUUCGUGCCUUCGUGAAAGAAGCCAACAACAUUCCGCUGUCGACGAAAACGCGACAAAUGAUGGAUGUAUUUGAGAGAGUAUUCCAUUUCCAGCUGCUGAGUCUCGGCUUGCUAUUUGGACUUCCGUUCUGCACAAAUAUCUUAUUAUUCUUUGGAGUGGGCGAAAAUCAGUUCAUCUUUAUUGUCGCGGGGCUAUGUCCAUUAACAGCUUGCUUGCAUUCUUCCUCAAAUAGCUUAUCGAUUAUCGUUCCUAUAUUCCCGAGUACGUGGAAGCGGUUACGGCGGCAGAUGCAAGGGAAGCGUGUGUCUGACGCGGAACGGAUCGCCGCUGUAUCCGGCCAAGUUUCUUCGUCCACUAGGAUGCAAAUCAACCGAAAACAUCACUCGAUACGGGCUGUCGUGAUUGCCCAGAAAUGUUGCGAG